UUCAGGGUUAAAUGGUGCUGAUCACUGAGGAUGGUACCGGAGGAGACCCACCUGUUUUCAAAGUACAGCAAAAUGGAACUAUUGGGACUGGUAGCGGUGCGCUUCAGGAGAGGGACUCACCUUCUGAAACUGAUGAGACGGAGAACAGAGUGGAUGACGAUUUCAACGGUUUUAUCUACGAUGACGAUGAUGACGACGUGUACCAAGAAUUUGAGGAACUCGACCUUUCGGACUUGCAGGACAAUAGAAGCCUCGCGUCCGAUGAUUCCUUUUAUCCACGCGACGAUUCUCUAUUCGGAAGACCUCCCACCCCCGACAGUCCAGAACCACUGACAUUUUUCAGAGCAUGCAGCAACAACAACGCUAUCAUUGUGAAAAUAAUGAUACGACAAGGCGUAACCGAAGCAGAAGUUAAAGAAGUAGAUAAAAACAACAGAUCUGGACUGAUACUUGCUUGUUACAAUGGCUAUGUAGAUGUGGUCAUCGCCCUUGCCCAGUGUCCCUUCAUAGACGUCAACUGGCAGGACAAUGAAGGGAACACUGCCCUCAUCACAGCUGCACAGGCUGGCCACCAGAUGAUCUCUCAGUUCCUGCUCAACUACUUCCCAGGGCUGGACAUCGAGCGCAGGAACUGCCAUGGCUUCACUGCCCUGAUGAAGGCGGCCAUGCAGGGCAGGGCAGAGUGUGUGCGCGCCCUCAUGAUGUCAGGUGCCGACAUCGAGGCCCGGGACUUCGGCCGCAAGCUGACGUCGCGCGAGUGGGCGCUCUUCACGUGCCGCUACGAGACGGUGCGCACCAUGGAGCGGCUGAUGGCGCAGCCGUGCGCCGAGCAGUUCUGCGAGUCCUACCGGCUGGAGUGGCCGCAGCUGGAGGAGCUGGUGGUGCAGGCCCAGGAGCCGCGCUCCUGCUGGGAGCGUCUGAGCGACUGCGCGCGCUGCUGCACCUUCAACCGCAACAAGCGGGUGAACGCGGCGGACGACGGCGCGCUGGACUACAUGGUGCGCUUCACCACCGCGCUCAACGGGCCCGUCCUGGCCACGGGCUGCCACACCGUGUGCCCGCGCAGCCCGCCGUGCCUGGGCAAGCGCCGGCCGGCCGUGCAGGACAUCCUGCGGCAGCAGCGCGCCAACGAGCUGCGCAGCCUGGCGUCGGCGCCCGAGCGGCUGGCCACCUACAAGCGGCUGUUCCAGAACUCGCGCGUGCUGCUGGUGCCCAAGAAGAAGGAGCGGCGCGCCAGCCUGCAGCCGCAGAUGCUCCAGGACAUGGCGGUGGCGUCCCAGCUGGCCCUGCGCCGCACCAGCCUGCUGCCCCUGCACAUGCUGCGCCGCAGCAGCGUGCGCCCGGGCCUGGUGGUGCCCAAGGUGAUGCUGUGCAAGGCGCCGGCGCCCGCGCACCCGCCCGAGAAGAAGCCGCGGCGGCACCGCGACGACACCCAGCUGCAGAUCCCCAAGUGGAAGUACAAGGAGGUGAAGAGCGAGAAGAAGCGCGCCGACGACAACAAGCUCAGGUUCCCCUCCUCCCCCAGGAGAUGAAGCUUAUUGGAGCUGCGCCACGUUGGCUCGUCUCCGUCCCACUUUGACCUACAAAGCCUGUGACUUACAAACUACUAAGAAAUGGAAACGUAAUUACUUCACGUCAAUACUGUUGAAAAAAGACUUUAUUUUUGUGAUGUUUAGCCAUUAACGGCAUCAGCCAUUGCCACACUUAUCAAGAGUAAAGGGGCAUUCACACCAAGAACGAUAAUGAUAACGAGAACUAUAACCAUAUCGACAUAAUCGUCCACACUAACCAACGAUAGUCAACGAAGUCUCCUUUCCUUGUGUAAAUGAAUGUGAUGGCUAAAAUGUGAUGGAUUCUUAUUGUCUUUCAGCUUUUUGUUGUUCUCAAAAUAGCUCAGAAAGUGAUGCCCAACAACGAUAUCAUUCUUUGUGUCGUUAUCGUUAUAGUUUAUGUGAACGUUGUCAUUCUUAUCAACGAGAAUGAUAAUUUCUGAUAGUCAUAGUUAUUGUUCUUGGUGUGAACGGACCUUAAGAGAAAGACUAUGUAUUUAUUCAUUUACCAUGUUAUAAUAAUAAUAAUAAUUGUUGUUAUUAUUGCUGUUGUAUUAAUGCCUCUCAUUCCCCUAGUGAGGAAAUCAUACUUGAAAUUUGAUACAGAACACUUUUUUAUAACUGCAAUAAUUUGUUUGUAUUAACAUUUUGUUAUGAUUGGGGCGCUGAUGAGACAUCUGCCAGAGUCUCUCAGCACUAAUGACAGUAAGAGGGGGGUGAAGAUGUCCUCAAUAUCACAAUGCCAGUGUGUUA